ACGCUGAUCUCUUCUCUUCUUCUUCUCUCCCCGAUCUCUGUAAUAUUCCCUUAUCUCCGAUUGUUUAUUGUUCGUUGCGAUUCCCUAGCGAUUGAUCUUCUCGCCUCCUCCUCGAUUCGUUUUUAGGGUGUCGAUUUGGCUAUAGCUCGUCAGAUCUCAUCGGCGAAGCGGCUCGAUCGCGUUUGACUUGACAUCCCUUGCUGUAAUCAGCAUAGGUUCUGCUGGUUAAAGUGAUAAAUAAUUGGUUCUUCUUGAUGACAACAUACAAAUUCAAAUGAUCAAAUUGCCUUGUGUAAAUGCUUUAUAGUUGUUGCAAUGAUCAGUUUUCAAGUAGCGUCUGCUUGAUGGACUGUAUGCACAAUUCAACUGACAAGAAGACAUUGAAGAGGUGGUUUUUCAUUGAUAAGAGGGUCGGAUAAAUAUACAAAAAAAGGAAAAACAGAGGCUGAUUAAUUCUGUGAGAGCUGGCUGUCAGAUAUCAUACUAUUGAACAUAACUUUGUUGGUGGUCUUAAAUCCAUGGAUAUGAACCACAGUUCCCCUGUUCUCACUGAUCCUGUACCUUUGAGCAAGUCAAGAUUGGGCUUGCCAUCUAACUUAACACCAUAUUCCCCGGUAGCAGCACCGUACUCGUCUUCUGGUUUGUAUUUACAGAUUCCCAGAAGAAAAGCUGGUAAACUCGAUGAUGUCCGAGCCACUGGUUGGCUGGACGCGAUGAAAUCUUCAUCACCUCCUCGCAAAAAGUUAAUGAACAAAGAUUUCACCUCUGAAUCUCAACCAGACGAAACUGAUGCUGCGUACCGCACCUGGAUGAUGAGCUAUCCAUCCGCUUUAACUAAGUUUCACCUCAUCACAACUUAUGCUAAAUGCAAGAAUAUUGUAUUGUUUUUGGACUAUGAUGGAACUCUUUCACCUAUUGUCGACAACCCUGACCAUGCAUUUAUGUCUGUUGCGAUGCGAAGCACUGUAAAAAAAGUUGCCAAGUACUUCCCAACUGCAAUUAUUAGUGGGAGGUCCCGUGACAAGGUCUACGAAUUUGUGAGGCUAUCAGAACUGCAUUAUGCUGGCAGUCAUGGAAUGGACAUAAUGGGCCCAAUCAGAGAAUCUGAGUCUGUUGAUGACCAUCCAGGCUGCAUCAGAACAACUGAUGAGCAGGGUAAAGAGGUCCACCUAUUCCAGCCUGCUAGCGAGUUUCUGCCAAUGAUCAAUGAGGUGUACGACUCUCUCGAUGAGAUCACCAAAGAUAUUAUAGGUGUCAAAGUCGAGAGUAACAAGUUCUGCGUCUCUGUGCAUUACCGCAACGUUGACGAGAAGAUGUGGGAAGAAGUUGGAAAGCGUGUUUUUGGCUUUCUAAAGGGUUUCCCACGUUUGCGAGUCACCCAUGGGCGGAAGGUUUUAGAGGUCCGUCCUGUGAUUGACUGGAAUAAAGGCAAAGCUGUCGAGUUUCUUCUCGAAUCACUCGGGCUUAGCCAUCGUGAUGAUGUACUUGCGAUAUACGUUGGAGAUGAUCGUACCGAUGAGGAUGCAUUCAAGGUCUUGAGGGAGAGUAACCGUGGGUUUGGUAUACUGGUAUCCACCCUCCCUAAAGAAACUAAUGCCUUCUACUCUCUCAGAGACCCGUCUGAGGUACUAGAAUUUCUCAAGUCCCUCGUGAGAUGGAAGAAGUCCCAAGCAUUAUUACAAACCAAAGAUCAUAUAACUAAAUCAUAAGCCAUCAUAAGUCAUCUUUUUAUUCUGCAUUUGUUAAUUGUUGUCAAGUUCAAUGGCCAUGUUCCCCCGUUUCUACUUGUUAAUUCAGUAUAUGUUCUGGUCAUCCAAUGUUGUAUGCAGGAGCAACUUUUGGCAA